GAUCUCAUUCCCCAUAAAGUUUAGAGUUGAACCACACAAGACAAGUACACACCAGCAUAUUACACAGCACCUCUUGCUUGUGGCUUGUUCGUUGUCGUAGCAUGGCCAGUUUACCUAAAAAAAAGAAAUAUAAUAUGUCAGAAAAGAGAGGGAUCCUCGAACGUCUCGAUGCAGGAGAAGUGAUCAUAGGUGAUGGUGGGUUUACUGCGGCCCUAGAGAAGCGAGGUUACGUAAUGGCUGGAAAGUGGACACCCGAAUGCACUGUGGAAAAUCCAGAAGCAGUUCGUCAACUUCACCGUGAGUUUCUUCGUGCUGGUGCUGACGUCAUGCAAGCGUUUACUUACUCUAUGCAAGAUGAGCCCGUAGAGAUUGAUGGGAAAACUGUUUCGUGGGAUGAAAUCAACGAUGCAGCUUGUAAGUUAGCAAAGGAAGUGGCAGAAGAAGGUCCUUAUGCAUUAUGUUCGGGAUCCCUGUGUGAAACCGUCCAGGCAUACCGUAGCGGUAAAGUCCCUAAAGAGGUCAUCAAAGAGAAGUUCAAGAAACAAGUGGAUAUUUUUGUGAAGAAUGGUGUUGAUCUCUUGAUCGCUGAGUAUAUUUCACAUGUUGGAGAAGCAGAAUUGAUGGUUGAAGUCAUGAAGGCCAGCGGUAAACCCACAGCCGUUACCUUGGCAAUAGGUAAAGAUGGCGAUAGACACGGUGUGUUGCCGGGAGAGUGUGCCCUACGUCUUGCUCGUGCAGGUGCAGAUAUCAUUGGUGUUAAUUGUCGUUUUGAUCCCGAGAGAAGCCUUGAAGUCAUGAAAGAAAUGCAACACGCCUUGAAAAAGGAAGGCAUUAAAAUGCAUUACAUGGUUCAACCACUUGGUUUCUGGACUCCUGAUGCAAAUGCUCUUGGUUUUAUUGGUCUUGCCGAGUUUCCAUUCGCCAUGGACCCCCGUGCUCUAACCAGAUGGGACUGYCAUAAGUUUGCUCGUAAAGCAUAUGAUAUGGGUAUCAGAUACAUUGGAGGGUGUUGUGGAUUUGAACCUCACCAUAUCAGAGCUCUGGCUGAAGAGCUUUCACCUGAACGUGGUCGUCUACCUCUUGGAACCAAGAAGCAUGGCUUGUGGGGAGAGAGCCUUAAUAACUACACUGUACCACACUUGAAAGUGAAGGCCAACCGCGCAUUCUGGGAGAACCUGCAACCAGCAACUGGUCGCCCAUAUUCAGCACCACUGUCUGAACCAGCUGGAGAAUGGCAUGACUAAUUUAGCCGUAAUUUUUAAAGCGUAAUUUUCGCUCCUUUUGUGCUUGGUGGAGCAAGAAAAUUGGACAGCGAGCGAAAUGGGACUGACUUUUGGGAUCUUUGGAUUUUGAUUUCCUCCAACAUGGCGGUUAUACACCAAAUCGAAUUACGACGACAAUUUGAAUGACUUUUGUUCUCACUAGAAUGACUUGCCCCGUGUUCACGUUGAAACAUAAAAGCAUUUUCACAUGAAUGAGAAUAAGCCUGAAGCGAGAUGACGUUUUACCCCCGACUCUAUACCAUA